CCCGUGGUGCCUUGCGCGGCUGAGGAGGUGGCUGACGGAGGCCUCAUGGCGGAGACUGAGGCGACGAGCGCGUCUCUGGUGGCGGCCGUGCUGGAGGCCGUGCAGGGCUCCUCGGGCCGCCUGGAGAAGGAGGGACUCGGCGGGCGCAUCUCCCGCCUCUCCGAUCGAGUGGAGGAGCUCAAGGGUGAGGUUUGCUGCAUGAUCAACGAGCGAUACAUGGAGUUCCUGCCCAGCUUGCAGAAUGCCAAAGAACUGGAGUCGGAAGCAGCGGAACUAUCCAACAGCAUUGAUCAGUUGAAAGCUAUAAUCGAAACAGAGGUGCAGCAGGACCUGAACGUGGCCAUCGCGGAAUUCACAGAGCUGAAACAACAGCUGGAGAGAGACACCCUCAUCCUGAGUGUGCUGAAACAGCUGCAGGAGUUUGAUUGUGCCCUGCAGCAGUCCCUGGCCAUGUUGCCGGAGAAGAAGUACGUCCCUGCAGCCCGUCACUUGAAAAAGGCUCAGAGGCGUCUGAAACUGAUGGAGUCCCGUCGGGGCUUUGAGCUGAAGAUUCUGAAAACGCUUCGCGUCGAACUCGUGACGCAAACCGAGAACCUCCUCAGUGUUUUGGGAGAGGAGUGGAAGCAGCUGGUCGUUUGGAAACUUCCUCAGUCAAAAGAACCUGGCAGCCUGGAGUCAGCCUUGCAGACGGAGUUGCGCCUGCGCAGAGCUCUCACCGGGGAAGACACGGGGAUCGGUCCAUCUGCUGCAUCAGUGCUGCGGGGAUUUGCGAUCUUGGGCGAGCUCCACUACAAGUUUAAGGUCUUUGGCCAGCACCUGCUGAGUUACAUCCUGAAGCCGUUGGUGUGUCAUGCGUCGUUGCAGCUCGUGCUGAAGGAACAGUCUGAUGCCGUCACGCUGCAGUUGCAGUCCGUGGGCUCUCCCCCAGGCCCCCCGCCCCCCACGGAGGUGUUCAUGAAGCUCCGGCUGGUGCUCGAGGCUCUUCAUAAGCACCUGUUGGCCGAUCCCGCCGACCCGAAUGCGGAAGGCACCGAGGGCGACGCCGGUCCCGUCUUGGCGGAGGCACUGGGCCAGGUGAUUUGGAAGGAGCUCUCUGACUGCCUCACGUCCCACUGCUUAGUGCACUCGAUCCCAAACAGCAGCAGCAAACUGGGGCAGUACGUCGAGGUUAUUCACGCCACGGAGCAGUUCGAGCAAGCCUUGAAGGACAUGCGGUUGUUAAAGGAGGAGUCCACCGACUUGCUCACGUACGCCCGCAACGUCAAUCGUCACUUCGCCAAUAAGAAGUGCCAGGAUGUGAUAACGACUGCGAGACGUUUGAUGAUGGCGGAGAUACACAACACUGUCAAGGUCACCCCCGAGUCCUCGGUGGCACUGCCCAAGCUACCUGAGCCUGCAGCGGGCGACCCUUCCAGCAAGCUGGUGCCGUUCAAGGCGCUUCCUGUCCCAGGGGGGGAGCUGGAGACCAAAGCCCAGCUCAGCCCCCACACCCUUUCCUUCCCCGCCUGCUGCAUCAGCGAAUCUGUCCAGGACCUGGUGGCGCUGGCUUACCAGACGCUCGAGGAGGCCUCGGCCAGCACCGAACAGUACAACACCCAGCUCUUCUACUUGGUGCGGGACAUCUUCUACAUGUUCUGGGACGUCGUACCGAUGUAUCAUAAGGAAAAACUUCAGAAGCUCCCCCAGCUGGCUGCCAUCCACCACAAUAACUGCCUGUACAUCGCCCACCAUCUCAUGACCCUGGGCCACCAGUUCCAGAGGUGCCUCAGCAGCUGCCUGUGUGGCGGGACGCCCACCUUUGUCGACCUGGUGCCGGUCUUCAGGAGGCUUGGCACAGAAUGUUUCCUAGCCCAGAUGCAAGUGCAAAAGGGAGAGCUCCUGGAGAGACUGUUGAGCGCCAGGAAUUUCUCCACCGUCGACGAUGAGGAGAGCUACGCUGCAGCAAACAAAGCUGUGCGGCAGGUCCUGCAUCAGUUGAAGAGACUCGGCAAGAUCUGGCAGGGCAUCCUUCCCGUGAAUGUGUACUGCAGGGCCAUGGGGACUCUGCUCAACACUGCCCUGGCAGAGCUCAUUCACAGGAUCCUCAUGCUAGAGGAUAUCUCUGCCGAGAGCGCGGACAGGCUGUACGCGCUUUGCCAGAUGGUAGUGGUGGAAGGGCCCCAGGUGUUUGCGCCUCUGCCCGAAGAAAAGCAGAACAGGCGCUUCCAAGAAGAAGUCCCACUCUACGUCCCCAAGUGGAUGACGUUCAAGGAGCUCAUGUUGGUGUUGCAGGCCAGUCUCCAAGAGAUAAUGGACCGGUGGGCGGACAGCAAAGGACCCCUCGCUGCUGAGUUCUCCCCGAGUGAGGUGAAGAAUCUCAUCCGAGCCUUGUUCCAGAACACAGAGCGGAGGGCCGCUGCCCUGGCAAAGAUCAAGUAGCUUCAGCCUCACUUCUGUUCCUGAAAAUGUCUUCCAGGAAGGGCGGCGGUCAGCCCUGGGACACAACCCCCCUCUCCCCCCACACACACACACACUGGAAGACCUCUUCUGGCUUUGUGUGCAGGUACUUCCUGGAGACCCAAAGAAAGUGGGAGUGUCCUCGUCUCAUGCAGUUCUGGGGGCGUAGCGGCAACUGCCUCCCCGUGUCGUCGUCCCCCCCCCCCCCCCCCCCGAUAGGUGCCUGACAAUACAGGAUUUGCUACUUGGAAGGGAAAUCUGACUUUUAUUUUAACCCCUGUUUUAAUUCCUGGACUUCAGAAGUCUUUGUAGAUCUUCCUGAUGCUUUUAUUUCCUUCUUUGGGUAUUUGGGGGACCGCUUUGGGUCCAGGAGGACUUUGGGCCCCGUGAGCUGCCUCUGCCGGCGGGCGGGGUGGUGGUGGUGCGGCUCUGGCAUCCUUUGGUCGAGGGUCCUGACAGACAAGCAUCUAUGCAGCUUCUUUCAAGGGGAUGCACCCGUUGCAUUCCGUACCUCAUCUCUCUCUCUCCCUUGCACCUGGCUUCUAGAGCCCCCCGAGACUUGAAAACCCCCUCGAACGGCCUUCUGAAGGCUCCUGAAGUGCCAAAUGGUCAAAGUUUACCAGCUGCUUCCGGGUGGCAGCUUUGCUUCCCAUCAGGGCCGGGUCGUUCAUCCCAAAGCGGCCCCGACUGCUGUCCCUUCUCAGCUUUAACCUGUUGCCUCAGGCAGGAGCCCCCAUCCCCUGCCCCUCCCUCCAAACCAGCCCCCAAACGCUUUGUGAACCAAACACGAGACCAGCUCUGGUUUGUUAUAAGGGGACUCUUGUUCUUUGGGAAUACAGAGGGCGCUAUUUAUAUAAUAAAAACAAAAGUCGUGUGGCACCUUAAA